AUGAUAGCGUCCACCCCAGAGGUUUCCAUUGCUGUGAUCGGCGCUGGCGGCGUUGGAUCCGUCUUCCUCCAGCAACUCGCCUGGGUGGCCAAGAACAAGACCUCGCACAGUCUGAGACUCGUCUACGUCGCCAUCAUCGACAAGGCCCUCUACCACGCCGAUUAUGCAUCUAUCGACAUUGACUCUGCUGUUCCGACGCUCGAAGAAAAGGGUGGACCACUACCUACAAUCCCCCAAACCAUCGAGUAUCUGACUGGUGCACCUGGAAAGGUCAUUGUCGUCGACAACACCAGCAGCCAGGCAGUCGCCGAGGCGUAUCCUUCGUUCCUUACCAAGGGUUUCAGUGUCGUUACUCCCAACAAGAAGGCUUUCUCUGGAAGCUGGAAGUUGUGGCAAGACAUCUUUACUGCUGAGGGCACUGUUGGUUCCAUGGUGUACCACGAGUGCUCGGUUGGCGCUGCUUUGCCAAUAAUCUCGACAUUGAAGGAACUUAUCGCGACUGGUGACGAGAUUACUCGCAUCGAAGGCGUGUUUAGCGGCACAAUGUCAUACCUGUUCAACAACUUUGCCCCUAUUCAGGGAACUGGUGGGAAGUGGUCAGAUGAGGUCAAAAAGGCGAAGCAGUUGGGGUAUACCGAGCCUGAUCCUCGUGAUGACCUUAAUGGCCUCGAUGUCGCCCGCAAGAUCACCAUCCUCGCCCGGUUAGCUGGUCUUCCCAUUGAGUCCGCAACAGCUUUCCCUGUCCAGAGCCUCAUCCCCAAGGAGCUAGAGAGUGCAAAGAGCGGCGAAGAAUUUCUUCAAAGACUCCCCGACUUUGACUCACAGAUGAACCAGCAUAAGGAAGCUGCUGAGAAGUCCGGCAAGGUGGUGCGGUUCAUCGGUUCCAUCGACGUCGCGACAAAGCAGCUGAGGGUUGGCCUCGAGGCAUUUGACAAGUCGCACCCCAUUGCUUCACUCAAGGGAAGUGACAAUAUCAUCAGCUUCUAUACUAAGCGAUACGGCGAACUGCCCUUGAUUGUUCAGGGUGCUGGCGCAGGUGGUCCUGUUACGGCUAUGGGCGUGUUGGGUGAUCUUCUCAAGGUGCUUGCAAGGAUAGCAUAG